AAAGAAUAUAAAUUUAAUUUAGAGAGAUAUUUAUAACAAGGUUUAAAACGGGCGAGAAAUCUCACAUCGACGAACUUUCCUUCUUCCCCAAAUUUCUUGUAAAAUUUUCUUUCUCAUAAAUUACUCAAUUACUUAACUAGUACCACUGCGUACAAUAAUCGAUCUUCAUCUCAACACAAUUAGGGUUUUCUUUCUUCCAAUUAUGGCCGCCAAUUCCCUUAGAGCUGGUUCUUCUUACGGCGGCGCCGUCCCUUUCCGAUCGAGAGAUGGACUCAGCACCCGACCCGGUGCCGCAUCGGAAGAGAUCCAAUUGCGGAUUGAUCCCAUGGACUUGGACGAUGAACUCACCGGUCUUCAUCAUCAAGUUAGAAGGUUGAAACAUGUUGCUGAGGAGAUAGGGACAGAAAUGAAGUAUCAGAAAGAUUUUCUUGAACAACUGCAAAUGACAAUGAUAAAAGCUCAAGCUGGAGUGAAGAAUAAUCUCAGAAGAUUGAACAAGAGCAUUAUCCAAAGUGGUUCGAACCAUAUUGUUCAUGUCGUUGUUUUUGCGUUAAUCUGUUUUACUAUAGUGUACUUUUGGUCUAAAAUAUCAAGAAAAUGAGACUUGAGAAUUUAAAGCCCGCUCCCUGGUUGAAAGACUUUACUUGAGGCUUCUUAAGAUGAUGAGUCGAUGACUCGUGAUUUUGUAACUUUGUUGUAAAGAGAGAACUUCGAAAUACUUCAGUGGUUUUAAAAUGUAUCUGUAUAUGGCAUGGUUAAAGAAGCUAUUAUAUUUGAAAGAAGAAUGCACAGUUUGCUA